AGCUUCAAACUUCUCUAUAUAAACACCUCUUGCAUAGAAUUGUUCACGACUGAAGAAAUAGAAAUCAAAAUCACCGCAAACUACAUUUCAAUUCAAUCACUCCUCGAUCUACUGCUACUUUGAGAAAUCAACAACAAUACAAUGGCUUUCAGAAUAAUUGGUUUGAACGAUCCAAUUUUCUCAGGUUUUGAAGACAUAUUUGAUGUACAAGAUCACGAAGUUGAAAAAUCAGCGACACCAUCAAAGAAGUAUGUAAGAGAUGCGAAAGCAAUGGCAGCAACACCAGCUGAUAUUAAGGAGUACCCAGAUUCGUAUGUGUUUGUAGUUGACAUGCCAGGGUUGAAAUCAGAGGAAAUCAAAGUUCAAGUGGAAGAUGAUAACGUGCUUGUCGUGACUGGAGUGCGUCAAAGAGAAAGCGAGAGGGAGAAAGAAGUGAAAUAUGUGAGGAUGGAAAGAAGGAUUGGGAAGUUUAUGAGGAAAUUUGUUCUCCCUGAGAAUGCAAAUCUUGAUGCAAUUUCAGCUGUCUGUGUUGAUGGUGUUCUUACUAUUACUGUUCAGAAGUUGCCUCCACCUGAACCUAAGAAGCCUAAGACUAUCCAGGUCACAGUUGGGUGAAAAAAAUGUUGUGUGCAGUACUAGAUGUGAUCAAAAUGAAUGUCUGUUUUUUUUUUCUUCUUUCUUUUGUGUGUGGGGGUGUGUCGGGGGGUUUAGAGUCCUGUACUUUUGUCAAAAUUAAAUAAAAUCUUAAGUUUGUUGGGAAAAUAAUUAUUUUGA